AUGUUACUGGUAUUUGCCGUCAUUAUAAUUAUUUUAUCACAGGAAAAAGUACGCUUUCACACGUUCAAAGUGAAAGAAUAUAUUGCUAACAUUUUCAGAUCUUGGGUGACAUAUGACGCAUCCAAGGAAAUUAAUAAGAUUACAAUGAAAUCAGAAGUAUCACAAAAUAACAACUUAACAACACGCAUAUCUCCGUUGAAAGCGAAAAACAUUUUUAAAGUGGAAAUAAAGCCAGAUUUAAUGAAACUAAUAAAUCCGUCAAAUCCGAAAUUUGCCCUCACAGUAAAUGGAUCUUAUCUUCUUGAAAAUAAGAACCACUGCUCCUCUGUGUCAAAUUUGACAAUUCUUGUUAUGGUCAUAUCAGCACCAAACAACUUUCAAAUGAGAAUUACAAACAGAGAAACCUGGGCAAAUGGAAGCUUUUAUUCUUCGUAUGGAACAAUUAAAGUUAUCUUUCUUCUUGGCAUCAUUGAUGAUUCUAGAGUUCAAGAUAACAUUGAGAAAGAGUUUAAGCUCUAUGGAGAUAUUGUACAGGGAUCAUUCAUAGAUUCUUAUCACAACUUGUCGCACAAAUCUGUUAUGGGCUACAAAUGGGCAACUGAACGAUGUAGAAAUGCUAAAUAUGUUAUCAAAACAGAUGACGACAUUGUAAUCAAUAUGUUCCGAAUAUUCAAAUCUGAUAUUCACAUGAUGUCUUUGAACCAAAAUCAUGUGCAUUGCCUACGUUUAACUCGAUCUAUUGUUUUUAGAGUGAAACGAAGUAAAUGGUUUGUCGAAUCUAAUCAGUUUAAAGGAAAGACUUUUUAUCCGCCAUACUGUAGCGGACAGUACGUGUUGAUGCUAAAUGUCAUAGUUCCAUAUCUAUACGAAUCGGUAUUGCAAACUCCGCUGUUUUGGAUUGAUGAUGUAUUUAUAUACGGACUUGUUAUGGGCAAUAUACCCGCACUAAAAUACAGACAGAUAACUGAAGAAGAAAUUGGAUCUUACAGAAGUUGGGAACAGGAAAAGUCUAAUUGCAGUUUUGUAUACCAAGUUACUGAAACUGUUACUGAGAUGAAUGAUGUCUGGGCAGCUAUUAUGAAGCAAUAUACUUAA